AUGCAAGAUGAAAAGCGGAAAAGCAGAAAAGCAGGAGUUGACCAAAGAAAUGAAAAGGAGCUCCCUUUGGGAUUGAGAAUGUCGCUGAAGGGAAACAAAGCUUGGGUCAUUCACGAACAGAAUGCUUCGGCCUUCUUUCUUGCUCUGCAGCACCACAGCCGGAUAUGCCCCAGUCAGAUGUAG